CCUGCCUGCUGCAAGUGAGUCAAACCCACGGAGAAUAUACAAGAUCGUAUCUUCUCUGUGCGAGUGAGUCAAAAAGGGGGCAGACCUACGGGAAGUCACAUAAAGACAGCCAAUUCUCCCGGGGCUAUUCUUUUCUACCCCAAGAAGACUUCGAUUUUUUAUCUUGUCACCAAGAAGAAUUUCAAUAUGGCGACGGCUUCUGUGUCAAAGGCCCUGGAGGGCCUGACAGUCUCCAAGACCAAGGAAUUGAAAGGAACCGAGAAGCGCGACACCCUGGUUGUCGUCGAGAAGAAGUAUCAGAAGAAAUGGGCCGAGGACCGCGUUUUCGAGACGAAUGCCCCGACGACAGCUGAGGUGCCCUUCCACUCCAUCUCUCCGGCCGAGCUGCGAGAACAGCAACCCAAAUUCUUCGGAACCAUGGCUUAUCCUUACAUGAACGGAACCCUCCACGCCGGUCACACCUUCUCAGCCACCAAGGUCGAGUUUGCCGCGGGCACAGCGAGAAUGCAGGGCAAGCGUGCGCUGUUCCCCAUGGGUUUCCACUGCACUGGUAUGCCCAUCAAAGCCUGCGCGGAUAAGCUGGUCAACGAGAUUAAGCUGUUUGGCAAGGACUUCUCUGGUUACAAAGAGGAAGAGUCUGUUGUCGAGGAGCAGCCAAAGCCUGCUGCCAAGCAGACCAAGGAGGAUGUUACCAAGUUCACCACCAACAAGAGCAAGGCCAAUGCGAAGACCGUCAAGAUGAAGUACCAGUUCCAGAUUAUGCAGGCCAUUGGAAUUCCUACCGAGGAUAUUCACCUGUUUGCUGAUUCUCAAUACUGGCUGCAGUACUUCCCUCCCUUGGCCAUCCGGGAUUUAACAAGCUUCGGCUCAAGAAUCGACUGGCGACGAUCAUUUGUCACAACCGAUGCUAACCCCUACUACGACGCCUUCAUUCGAUGGCAAAUGAACCGCCUGAAGGAGCUGAACAAGAUCAAGUUUGGCAAGCGAUAUACAAUCUACUCUAUCAAGGAUGGCCAGCCGUGUAUGGACCACGACCGUUCUGAGGGUGAAGCUGUUAACCCUCAGGAGUACACUGCCUUGAAGCUGAAGGUUUUGGAGUGGGCACCCAAGGCUGCUGAGGCCAUCAAGGGCAAGAUUCCCGAUGGCGCCAACGUCUUCUUGGUUCCUGCUACCCUGAGACCCGAGACUAUGUACGGACAAACCUGCUGUUUCGUCGGCCCCAAAUUGAACUACGGCCUGUUCAAGGUUGAUGACAACAACUACUUUGUCAUCACUGAGCGAGCUGCUCGUAACAUGGCUUACCAGGGCAUUUUCGCCAAGGAAGGCUCCAUCGAGAAGGCUGCUGACCUCUUAGGUUCCGACAUUGUUGGAACUCUGGUCAACGCCCCUCUGUCGCUGCACAAGGAGGGAGUCAGGGUCCUGCCCAUGGAAACCGUCCUGCCCACCAAGGGUACCGGUGUCGUCACCUCUGUUCCAUCAGACAGCCCUGAUGACUUCGCAACCGUGACUGAGCUGGCAAAGAAGGCUGAUUAUUACGGAAUCAAGAAGGAGUGGGCCGAGCUGGAGAUCUACCCCAUUAUUGAAACCCCGUCAUACGGAGACCUGUGCGCACCCUUCUUGGUCAAGAAGCUGAAGAUUGCUUCCCCCAAGGAUACCAAGCAGCUGGAAGAGGCCAAAGAACUGGCAUACAAGGAAGGUUUCUACCAGGGUAUCAUCAAGGUUGGCGACUUCAAGGGCGAGAAGGUUGAGACGGCCAAGCCCAAGGUCAGGGCUCAGUUGAUCGAGGCUGGUGAGGCUUUUGCCUACUCAGAACCCGAGCGCAAGGUUGUCAGCCGAUCUGGCGAUGACUGUAUCGUCUCACUGAUGGACCAGUGGUACCUGGACUAUGGCGAGCAGUCCUGGAAGGAGACUGCCCUGAAAUGGGUUGACAAUGCCGACGGAAAGGGUUUGGAGACUUGGGCUCCCGAGACCAAGAAUGGCUUUGAAGGUGUGCUGAACUGGCUGAACCAGUGGGCCUGCGCCCGAUCAUUCGGUCUGGGAUCAAAAUUGCCUUGGGACAAGCAAUUCCUGGUUGAGAGUUUGAGUGACUCGACCAUCUACAUGGCUUACUACACCAUUGCCCACUUCCUGCACAAGGACUUGUUUGGCCGCACCAAGGGCCUUGGCAACAUUGGCGCUGAGCAGAUGACUGACGAGGUCUGGGACGCCGUUUUCUGCCGCCGCGAUAUCACCGAUGAUGUUAUCUCUAGCUCUGGCAUUCCCCGAGAGACUUUGGAGAGCAUGCGACGAGAAUUCGAAUACUUCUACCCUCUGGAUCUGCGUAGUUCAGGAAAGGACCUGAUCCCCAACCACUUGACAUUCUUCCUGUACAUCCACUUGGCUAUCUUCCCACCGGAGUACUGGCCUCGUGGUGUCCGAGCCAACGGUCACUUGAUGCUGAACGGAGAAAAGAUGGCCAAGAGUACUGGCAACUUCAUGACUUUAAAAGAAAUGGUGGAGAAAUACGGCGCUGACGCUUCUCGUAUUGCUCUGGCCGAUGCCGGUGAUGGUGUUAGCGAUGCCAACUUCGAGGAAGAUGUUGCCGACAAUAACAUUCUGCGUCUGUUCACUCUGCGUGAGUGGUGCGAGGAGAUGGUCAAGGACCAGAACGAGCUGCGUACCGGCGAGAUCAACAACUUCCAGGACGGCCUGUUCAACAAUGAGUUGAAUGCUUGUGCUAGAGAGGCUAUUGAGCAGUACGGCUUGACUAACUACAAGUUGGCCCUGAAGGCCGGUCUGUAUGAGCUGACCAGUGCUCGUGACUUUUACCGCGAGGCCUGUGCGGCCGGCGGUAUCAAGAUGCACAAGGACCUGGUAUUCCGAUACAUUGAGCUGCAAGCCCUGCUGAUGGCUGUCAUCGCCCCUCACUGGUCUGAAUACAUCUGGUUGGAAGUCUUGAAGAAGGACUCCACUAUCCACAAUGCCAGGUUCCCUGAAGUGCCGGCCGUUGACGCUGCCCUGUCAGCUAAGCGAGAGUACGUCCGAAGCACCGCUUCGAACAUUAACUCUGCUGAGGGCCAGCAGCUGAAGAAGAAGGCCAAGGGCAAGGAAGUUUCCUUUGACCCCAAGAAGCCCAAGAAGCUGACCAUUUACAUGGCUGCCAAAUUCCCAACUUGGCAGGCUAAGUACAUUGAUCUGCUGAAGGAGAUGUGGGACCCUGCGACCAAGUCUGUCGACGACAAGGCCCUGAACGGCAAGAUUGGCAAGAUGGGUGAGAUGAAGAAGGCCAUGCCCUUUGUUCAGGGUUUGAAGAAGCGCCUGCAGGCCGGUGAGCCUGCCAGCGUCGUCCUGGAGCAGAAGCUGGCUUUCGAUGAGAAGGAGACCUUGGUCCAGAUGGUGCCUGGCCUGAAGCGAACGUCAGGUCUGUCAGUCGCCGAUAUCCUGGUGGUUGAGGAAGGCGGUAAGAAGGGCGUUAGACUGGAGGACGGUAAGGAGGUGGAAAUAUCAGUCCCUGUUGCCGAGAAUGCGGUCCCUGGUCAGCCUACUUUCUUCUUUGAAAAUGUGGAGGCUUAAACGUGAGGAGCAGGGAUUUUGCUCUUCUUCGGAUGGAUUUUUUUUUCUUAUUUUGCUACGAAAGAAAGAAUAAAGUAAAAAAUGCUCUAGAGAGAGAGACAGUUUAGAGAGAAUACAAUGAAUACCUAUUCAGC